AUGCAACUCGCCUGUACAAUUGGUCAUGCGCAAAGAGUGGAAAUGACAAGGGGCUCGCCAACAUACGCGACUUCCAUGCAGGCUCUCUUCACGCAACUCACCCUCGAAAUGACGGAUAUAGAGAAUGAGAUCGCGAUAGUGAGAAAUCGGGUGGAGAUCGGGAAGAAUUUCCUCGACUUGGCGAACGAAGAGUUGCUUCCUGAACAAGUGAAGUAUCGAGCGAUGAUGCUACACGCCAUUGCGCUGGUAGGAGAACGUGAAUGGGCGAACCUGUUACGCCGCAGGACCCUCAUACGGCCCUACAAGAAUCGGACUGCUUCGCACCAGGCCUACGCAGAAAAACCCGAGUUUUUGGUUCAGAUAGCGGCUUGGAUGGAGUCUUUGCCUAACGCCAAACCUAUCAGAGACUCGGAGGGGACGCCGACGGACGUGAAUGAGAAAACUGAGCCAGCUGGAGGCUCUGGGUCGGUUAUGUGCAACGGUGAGAAGGCAGGCCCUACGACGGACGACACACCCGCAGUCGAUGGGAAAGAAGGCGAGGAAGCUUAA